AUGGGUACUGAUAAUGGAAUAGUUGAACAAAUGCAAAAAACUCUCAGAAACCUCUUUUUAACAAAUGAAAAUCAUAAGCCUGCAUUUCUUUACGGAAAAGGUACUGCUAAUCAAAGAAUUGAAUCAUGGUGGUGUCAUUUGCGCAAACAAAAUGCCCAGUUCUGGAUAAAUAAGUUUGAGGACCUAAAAGAAGAAGGUUUAUCUAAUGGAACAUUUGUUGACAAGACCUCAAUUCAGUUUUGUUUUUUGGAUAUAAUUCAGAUUGAACUGGAUCAGGUGGCUUUGGAGUGGAAUACUCACACAAUAAGGGGAACAAAAAAUUCUAGAACGCCAGUUUGUAGACCAAUAAUGAUGUUUCAAAUACCAAGUUUGUAUGACGCAGAAGACAAAUUAGUUGCAGUUCCCCAGGAAAUUUUAAAUUGUUUGAAUGCAAUAUUUGGUGAGAAAAAAUAUUUACGGCCGGGCAUUGAUGACGAUGUACUACUUCAAUUAUUGGACGCUGAUUCGUCUGACGUAGAAGGCUUUGAAGACGGCGAAGAAAAUGAUGAGUUUGAAUAG